AGUAGUAGUACAUCACGUGACCAGAGGUGAAGCACAUUGUUUCGCGGCAUGUUUCAGAUGUGUUGAAUGAGAAGAAAGUUGUUGUUUUUUGCACAGCUGAUAUUUCAUAUUUGUCACUGGAGCGAUCUCGCGCGCCUCAUACCCGGAGAAAGAUACAUCACCAACUGAGGACUUUUCCAUUUAGAGAUAAGUUCGUGUGUAAAUGGCUGGAAUUCUGUUUGAGGAUAUCUUUGAUGUCAAGGAUAUUGAUCCAGACGGGAAAAAGUUUGACAGGGUAUCCCGUCUUCACUGUGAAAGCGAGUCUUUCAAAAUGGACCUGAUCCUCGACGUGAACAUCCAGAUUUAUCCCGUAGAUCUCGGUGAUAAGUUCAGACUGGUGAUCGCCAGCACGCUGUAUGAGGACGGGACGCCGGAUGACGGGGAGUACAACCCUCAGGAUGACAGACCCUCCAGGGCUGACCAGUUCGAUUACGUCAUGUACGGAAAGGUUUAUAGGAUUGAAGGAGACGAAACCUCAACAGAAGCAGCUACAAGACUGUCUGCGUACGUGUCUUACGGAGGUCUGCUGAUGAGACUUCAGGGAGACGCUAACAACCUGCACGGAUUUGAGGUGGACUCCAGGGUCUAUCUGCUCAUGAAGAAACUUGCUUUUUGAUUUUUCGCUCACUUCUGAGGACUGAGAAAACCAGAUUUUUUUUUUUUUUUAUAUUGUUUUUUUUGGUGGCUUUCCUUUUGUGGAAACUUGUCUGGAAAUUGGUCGGUUACAUUUAAAAAAAUAUAUGUGGUUUUAUAUUCAAAUGAUCUGAAUGUUCAGUUGAUUAAACUGCCUCGUCGUUUCUUUUA